GCAGCCUUCGCUCCUUCCCGCCCUUCUUACUAUCGACUACCACUCCUUCGCUCUCAGCAAAACAACAAUGGCCGUGCUCGCUCGCGUCUACACCAUGUUCUUCUUCAUCUUCGCCGUCCUGCCCUGCCUCGCGGCUGCGGCGGCCGUCGUUCCCCGCGGCGGUGGCGGCAACGACAGCGGCCAGCACUGCAGCUCCGGCCCCGUCCAGUGCUGCCAGACCUCGCAGUCGGCUGACUCGCAGGGCGCCGCUGGCCUCUUGGGCCUCCUCGGCAUCGUCCUCCAGGACGUGACGGCGCUCAUCGGGCUGUCGUGCACGGAUGUCAACGUCCUCGGCGGCGGUGGCUCCGAGUGCAGCGCCCAGACGCUCUGCUGCGAGAACAACCACUUCGACGGCCUGAUCAACCUCGGAUGCUCUCCUAUCAACAUCUACCUGUAGGAUGUCAACACUCACCUGUGGGGUGUGUCAGCACUCAACUGUGGGGUGUUAACACCCACCUGUAGAGUAUCAACACCCAUCUGUAGGAUAUCAGCACUUCGACCAAAGCGUUGGUACCCUCGAAUUGCUCUCUCCAAACGGUCUCUACUCUCCUCUAUAAAGUCUACCUCCUAAUGUGAUGCGCCAGACCUGGUGGUGCUCACGCGUAGC